GGAGAUGAUUGAUGUUUGCAUCGAUAACUGCAUGAUCUACUGGAAGGAAGAUGACAAGUUAGAAGAGUGUCGAUUCUGCAAAAAACCACGAUUCAAACCGCAAGGCCGUGGGAGGAAUAGGGUACCGUACCAAAGGAUGUGGUACCUACCAAUUACAGACAGAUUGAAAAGAUUAUAUCAAUUUGAGAGGACUGCUGCGUCGAUGAGGUGGCAUGCCGAACAUGUCUAGAGAGAUGGUGAGGUUGCACAUCCAUCAGACGCAAGAGCGUGGAAACAUUUCAAACAAGGUACACGGAGAUUUUGCUACAAAUAUUCGGAAUGUGUAUCUUGGGUUAUGCACCGAUGGAUUUAGUCCAUUUGGAAUGUCUAGUAGACAAUAUUCUUUGUGGCCAGUCAUUCUUACGCCGUAUAAUUUACCGCCGGAUAUGUGCAUGGAACAAGAAUUUCUAUUUUUGACCAUAUUAAUCCCAGGGCCGAAGCAUCCAAAACGGUCUCUUGAUGUUUUUCUUCAACCGUUGAUAGAAGAGCUAAAGCAAUUGUGGUCAGAAGGGGUGAGGACGUACGAUUGUUCCUUGAAAACCAAUUUUACGAUGCGAGCAGUUCUGAUGUGGACGAUAAGUGAUUUCCCUGCUUAUGGGAUGUUGUCUGGCUGGACAACACAUGGAAGAUUAUCUUGUCCGUAUUGUCUUGGAUCCACGGAUGCUUUUCAACUGAAGAAUGGUAGGAAGAGUUGUUGGUUUGAUUGUCAUCGUCGGUUUCUUCCACUUGCCCAUCCGUACAGAAGAAACAAGACAUUGUUUCGACACAAAAAAAUUAUCAGAGACAGUCCUCCUCCAUAUCUCACCGGCCAGCAGAUCGAAGCGGACAUUGAUUAUUACGGAGCUCAGGAAACAGUUAAGGUUGGAGGAAAUUGGCAUGUUCCUGGAAAUAUGCCUGAUGGGUAUGGUGUAUCUCACAAUUGGCAUAAGAAGAGUAUAUUUUGGGAGCUACCGUAUUGGAAGGAUCUUCUCUUACGCCACAAUCUGGAUGUCAUGCAUAUCGAGAAGAACUUUUUUGAGAACAUCAUGAAUACAUUACUUAACGUCCCUGUGAAGACAAAAGUUAACAAAAAGUCAAGGAUGGACUUACCUGAUAUUUGCUCAAGAAGUGAGUUACAUAUCAAGAGCAAUGGAAACGUUCCUGUUCCCAUCUUCCGGUUGUCAUCAGCAGCGAAAACAACCUUGUUUGACUGGGUUGCAUCGGAAGUUAAGUUUCCUGAUGGUUAUGUUUCAAAUAUGUCAAGAUGUAUUGAACGAGGUCAAAAGUUCUCCGGAAUGAAAAGUCAUGAUUGUCAUGUGUUUAUGCAACGACUGCUUCCAUUUGCUUUUGCCGAGCUCCUUCCAGCAAAUGUCCACGAAGCACUUGCAGCCAUCGGAGCAUUUUUCAGAGAUCUUAGCACACGUACGUUCAAAGAAGAAGUCAUCGAACAACUUCAUCAGAACAUUCCGAUCAUAUUGUGCAACCUGGAGAAGAUAUUUCCUCCUUCAUUUUUUGACGUCAUGGAGCAUCUAGUUGUCCACCUACCGUAUGAAGCAUUGCUUCGUGGACUUGUUCACAACGGAUGGAUGUAUCCGUAUGAGCGACAGAUGAAACAUUUGAAGGGGAAAGCAAGAAAUCUUGCAAAGGUAGAAGGUUCAAUAGUUGCAGGGAGUUUGACAGCCGAAACAUCUAACUUCACAUCAUACUACUUUGCUCCAACUGUUCGUACGAGAAAAAGAGUUCCUAGAAGAUAUGAUGAUGGUGGAGUACCGACAUCAUAUCCAAUUGAUGGUGUUCCUGACAUUUUCUGCGAAAUUGGACGGUUUGGUGGUAAAACGAAAGAAGUAUGGUGGUCAUGUGAAGAAGAUAAACAUAGUGCCCACACUUAUAUUCUGCUCAACUGCGAGGAUGCAAUGACCCGUUACUUUGAAAGGUAAAUAUUUUUGUGAAUGUUAAUUAUAUGAAUUGAAGUUAAUUAUGUAUGAUUUGAUUAUUUGUUCAAUUUGCAGGAUGUUUGUAUCUCAAGACUCCAAAUCACGUUAAGAUCACUUGGUUUAAAAUGUUUGCGGUAAGAUUUUUAAAUUUAAUUAAAUUUUAACUUUUAAAUAUGUAUAUAUUUUUUUAAAUAUUAUUAUUAAUUGUAAUUUUUUCAAAUUUUUUGUGUUUCAGCAAAAGUGGUAUUGGUCUUUGGGAAUCACCGAGAUGGUGAAGGCGGAAUUCGUUGCAAAAGCAAAGAUCCGCCUCUGCAACACAGUCUCCGAUUGGAAGGACAAGUGGGAGCUCGACGGGUAUGAGGGAAAGCCCACUGAGCUCACGACGGAUGUGUGGGAUGGCCUCAUCGCCUAUUGGAAGCACCCGUCUUCGAUCAAAAAGGCCAGUUCGUGCUCGGCUUCUCGAAGAACGAAGGAUAAAGAUGGUAAUUUGCCCAUGCUUCACAGAACCGGCCAAAAACCACAUGCAGGCAUCCGUCUAGACGUUGUAAGUUUUGUUUUUAAAUAUUUAUUUUAAAAUAUUCAAUUAAUAUAACUUUUAAUAUUUUUUUUUUGUAGUUGAAGAAGACGGGAGUCUUACCAUCUCUGUCUGACCUAUUCAAGAUGACUCACGCCACAUCCGACGGAGUUUUUGUGGAUCCUGCAUCAGAGAAACUCGCUCAAGCAGUGGCUACUCGGAUUGAAGAACGGGAGACGCAACUAACUCAGGAGUCUCCCGAUGGAUUACCCGUCACAUUGUCCACCGAAGAAGCCGACCGAAUCUUCGAAGAGGUAGUACAACUAAAUUUUUUUUUUUCAUUAUUUUUAAUAACUAUAUUAAUAUAUGUUUUAAUUUUAUAGCUGGCUCCUAGAAAGAAGGGCCGAAUAGUCGGUAUAGGCUCUGUUAACCAAGUUGCAAGGGCAACUUCGUCAUACACUUCGAGACGGGAUGAAGAGACUUCUCAGAUGAAAGCUCGAAUGGAUAGCCAGCAGGUUCGUUUAGACUCUCUUGAGGAUUUGCUAGACGUGAUGGCUGUGGGAAACCCGGUUAUGCAGAGAAUGUUGAGUCAGAGACGAGCCGCUCUUGGGUUGCCAGUACGAGAUCCCCAAGAGUCCGAUCCAACCCGUCAACAGCCGAGCAACCCCACCGACUACUUCGAUGAUAUGUAGUUUUUUUAAUAUUUUUGGUUUGUAUUAUGAAUUUAAAUAUUAUGACUUUUAAAUGCUUUUUAAUAUAUGUUUUUUAUUUUCAUAUUUCGUUUUAAAAUUAAAAUUAUUUAAAAUUAAAAUUAUUUAAAAUUCUGAAUUUUAAAUAAAUUCAAAUUUAUAUAUAUAUUUGAGGUUAAAAACAAUAUUCAAAAUAUAAAACGAAACGUCGAUGUAGGCUCGACGUAAACAUUUACAACUGAUUACCGUCGAAAUGAUUUACGAGUCUUUUACAUCGAAGAUUUUACGUGGUCUUUACAUCGAAAUGUUACGUGGAGUUUACAUCGAAACAUUUACGAGGGUGUUACAACGAAAUAAUUUACGUGUGCUUUACAUCGAAUCCAUUACGUGGAGUUUACCACGAAAUUUUACGUGUCAUUUACGACGAAUAUCUGCCCUGCGCUUUACGAGGAAUAUAUUUCGUCGUAAACGUAACAAAUCAUUUACGACGAAUCGUCGGUUACGAUGGGCGUUUUACGACGAAACGUGUUUCGAGGUUCAUUCGUCGUAACACCCCGUUUACGACGAAGUUACAACGUAUAUUGCCCUCGUAAAAAAUAUGUUUUCUUGUAGUGAGCAUACAAGUGGCAAGUUCAAUGCUAACAUAUAUAUUUUAUCACACGAGUUAAUGGGGCAUGUUUUACAGAUGUUUAAGAUACUUGCAAUUAUAUAAAGAUAUUUUAAAAUCCCAAGUGUAUAUAUAUAUAUAUGAGAAUCGAAAUCGAAUCACAUCUCUCACCAGCCAACAAAAUGAAGUUUCCGAUCGGUUACAUAAAUGGAUGACGGCUUGUCAUGAUGUUCUUGUUUUGCAUCAUCCUUUCCAUACUCUGUUUUAUAGCCUUUGUUUUUCCUCAAUCUUACAAUAGAUUCUUUUUUUUUUAACACUGUUAACAAUUACAUCAUCAUAUAAUAUCUAGAUAUAAUUAUCAACUACUUGCAACAUAUGUGAUAUUUUUUUUUGGUCAAUCUUACAAUAAAUUCUUUCAAUUUUUUGGUAUUCUACGAUCUUUGUAGAUAAUUUUUUUUCUUUCGUGAGUAAUAAUAUUAAAUUUUCAAUAUAUAUUUCAAUAAUAUUAUAUGAAAAUAGUUAUUUUGAAAACUUUGGUAAAAUUUUACCUUAGAUUUGAAUUUUUAGAGAAAAUAAUUAUAAUUCACUUUAUUGGAGCCACACAUGACUUACCUGAUGGAAUCAAACACUCAGUUGGCGACUAUUUCAGUUUAAUCAAAGUUUUACGAAAAUAUAUCCACAAAUUUAGGAUGAAGGAAUGAACUAAAUUUCAUGAAUAAAAUUAAUCUGGAAUUUAGCGAGUUAGGCUCAAAAACAAAAUUGUUUUAAACUUGUAAAUAUUUUUUUUUUAAACUGUAUACUUUCUUAUAUGUUAUUUUGAGAUAAAUAGGAAAAACAUUAUUCAAUUGAUAUUAGUUUAGCUAAGUUUAUCUGUGUUAAUUAAUCAUCAUAAUGUUAGUUCAAAUUCAUGAAUUGAUUAUUAGUGUAAUAUUUAUAUACUAUCUGAGAUAGUAUUUUUAAAAAUAUUAUUUUCUAAAUUACUUUUAAAGAAAAAAAACUUUUAAGCCACACACACACACACACAUAUAUAUAUAUCUUCAAAUUUUAUUUAGGGAUGCUUUGUUUUUGUAUUUAUGUAAAAUAUUCCCAAAUAUUAUUAAGUAAAAAGAUAAAUUAAAACUUUGUAAUGGCAUUAUACAUAAUAAUUUCAUAUGUUCUUGUGAUUGAUCACUCUUAUGAAUUAAGUAGGAGCGAUACAGAUAAAAAUGAAUUCUUUAAUAAUAUUGCGUUAUAUAUUAUUUUAAGAGAAAAAAGUGAUAUCAGUCUCCCUAAUUUUAUUUUAGAUUAAUUAGUCAUCAUAAUUUUAUUCCAAUUCAUGAAUCGGUUAUCUGUUCUAUUAAAAUAGAAGUUACAAGUUCUAUUUAUGUGUAAUAUUUUUAAAAAUUGAUCACCCUAGAAAUUCAUGUUUCAUUUAUUUCUUAAUAAAAUUUUGGCAUCGUUAUUAAAUUACUUCAUAUAUUAUUGACUAUAAUAACUACUUUUCUAUAAGAUCGGAAGGAAGCAAUUAAUUUGUACAUUUAAGAAUCAUGAUCCAUGCAUUUUAAUUAUCUGAAAACACAUGUAAACGAAACAUAUAAUGUAUUAGUUAAUCUGUGACAAAAUAAUAAAGACAUAAAAAAAUAUCAUUCAUAAUCUAAAAAUUGAUUCUCUAUCAAAUGCAAUGCAUAUGAGAGUCCUAAGAUGAUUAAUUAUAUUCCUAAAAACUAUAAUAUAAUUGAUAAUUUUUUAUUAUAUAUAACUUAAGUUGAAAAUAAUUACAUGUAAAUUUUAAUUUUCAUAAUAAGAUGUUAAAUAUAAAAUAAUUUCAAAUUUGUAUAAGAAAGUAUAUAUUAGUUCGUGUAAUAAUUAAAUAUAAAUCCCAUAAAAUAAAUCUAUAAUAAGAAGCAACAAACAUAUAUAUGGUGGAUUUAAAAAUUAAUUGAUUAGACAAAAAUGUAAACAAUAGAAUUAUCGUGUUUGCAAAAUUAAUAUAUACAUAAAAGUGAAGAAACGCCCGCACAACCGUGUGGGUCAGUGUCUAAUUUACUUUAAAGUUAGUAAUGACAUAAAAAUAUGAUCAGAUCCGAUGAUCAAAUAGUCAGUAUAUGAUCCAUAAUCAACUUUGUUAUUCUUUUUAUUAAUCUAGUCAUUUGAUAAAAUAGGUAUAUAAUAAAUUAUUUUAGUUGUUUUCUUUUAACAUUUAUUAUACUAUCUGAGAAAAUUUUUUCUAAAAAACGAAUUAUCUAAAAUGAAUGUUUACAUGAUUUUUUAUGAAAGAUUUUUUUUGAAAUCAAAUAUAUAUAUAUAUGCACCUCUUCAUAAUUUUUGGAAAACUAAAAUUAAAAAUUUAUUCAAAACCAUUAUGUAAAAAGAAAUAUUAAAAUAGAAAAAAUGACUAUUUAUGCGUAAUAUGUUUAUUUAAUUAAAUAUAUCACUAUUAGAAUUAAUGUUAGAUUAGUACAUCAAAAUUGUUUUUUAAAAUAUUUCUCUCUCCAUUUCAAUAUAAGUGUCGUUUAAGGUUUUUGCACAAGAAUUAAGAAAAUUGUUAAAUUUUCAGUUUUAUCCUUAUUUAAUAUAAUUUUUCGCUUGGUUUACUUGAUUAAUUAAUUAAAAAUGAGGGAAAUUUUGGAAAACUUGUUUAAAAUAUGCUUUGGAAAUGAAAAACGACUCUUAUAAUGAAAUAAAAAAUUUAAAAGUUAAAACAACACUUAAUAUGAAACAGAAAAGUAUUAUAGAGAUUAGAGAUAGCGACUAGUGUGGCAUGGAAUGUAUGCUAGCAUAUAAUAUUUUUUUUUUUGCUAAAACGUUAGCAUAUAAUAGUUUCUCGGAAAUUGCAAAAAAACUACUUUUAUUCGAUUAUUUGUCAUUACGAAUGCCGAACAAGAACAUCCAACUAAUUUUUUAAGCAAACAUCAAUAAAAUAUCAGUGGAACUACCCAAAAAUAAGGUAGGGUCCUAACAAGAUUCCUCAUAAUUGGAUGAUGAUUAUUCAGUAAAACAUAAUUAAUAUAUACUGUAUAGGCUGUAUGGAGUAUAUGUUAGUGAAAUGUACUUUUCAAUGUAACCAGAAACCAUUCAGAGAAUCACCAAAUUUUAUUUUAUUUUAAGUUCAAAUUCUAAUUUACAGUAAAAUGUAUUUAAAUCCUGUUUCAUUUUAACUCAAUUAUAAAGUAAAAACUAGGUUUACCUUAAAAAUAAAAUAAUCAAAUUAUUUUCAGUUUUUAACUUCAUUUUUAUUCCAAAAUAGAAUACAUUUACUGUAAAACUUCAUUUUACUUUGGAAUUAUCAAAUUUCAAGUAAAAAUAAAAUAAGAUAUUAGAGAUGCUUUUGGUAUUGAAAUGAAAACUUAUAUUGCUACAGAAAAUGUUAACAUAUCAUAUCUGGUAUCUAAUGUUUUUUUAAUCAGAUCUGGACACUGGAUCGGAUAUUUUUGGAUCACUAGGUCACUAGAUCGACUGUAGUUGAACUGCGGAUCAUCUAUUUAAUUAUUUUUAUAAUAUAGUUGUAUAUUAAUAUAAUACUACUAAUCACUGUAAGAUAUUAAAUAAUUUCAAAAUUUCAAGUAUAUUUUUAAAAAUAUAAUUCAAUAUUUGAAAAUUUUAUUUUAAUUUCAGUUAGUACUUAUCAUGCAAAAAAAUCAUUUGAUUAAUUUAUUAUGACUUUGCAAAAUAUUAAGAUAACAAAUAAUUAAAUAACAAUUUUUAUAGAGUUAACUUUUAAAUUCACAAGAAACAAAGACUAUAAACAUAAUAAAUUAUAAUAAUGAAAAUAAACUAAUACUAAAUCAUUUUAACAAAUUUUGCUUUUCUCCAUCACCAUUCUUUUCAUUUUCUUCAAACGACACACUAAAAGUUUAAUAAAAAUAGAAAAAGUACAAAUAAAAAAUUUCAUUUAAUGUACUAUUAAAAAAAUAUAUCAGAUGUUAAAAAAAUGGUAUUAGGUUUUUAUGGGUUUAUAUCGGAUGAAUCGAGUCGUGAGUUAUUGGUAAGUUUUUGGGUUCUUAUCAAAUUAUUAAGUUAAAUAUUUUUAAUAAUUCCGAACCGAAUUAUAUAUGGAUCAGUGGAUUUAUCGAUUCUUUCGUGGAUCCGGGUCGGUAUGAAAUCAUUGCUUGCAUCAAUGAUGACUAGUGAAACAAAAAUAUGAACUCAUAUUUGCAUUAACUUCAUUGAUAAAUCAACUCUGAUGACAAAAAAUCAACUCGUUUAUCUUUUUCCAUUAGGAAUAAAACUACCAAUGUUGUUCAUGUCGAUUCUCAUAGGGCUUCCAGGACAGACCAUUAUACUUUUAACCAAUGCUGUUACUGGUGACUUUCCUCUUAGGUUGCUGUGCUUUCUGGAGUCAGAGACAACUACAUUCUCCAUUUUUUUCUUCACUAAAUUACCUAACAUUGAUGUCAUCCAUCCAUUGCAUCAUUAUCAACUACAUCCAACUUGCCUUCGAGUGGAACUCCAUUUGAUGGCUCGAUGCUUCCUAAAAAACCGACGACUGAGUCAAUUCGCAUAUCAAAUGAACCUUAUCUUCAUCCAAAAAAUUAAGCAACUCAGAAAGAGAAAGAGAAAGAGAAAGCUAUCAAAAGUCUUCUGAUUGAUAUGAUCGUAUUAAAACCUAGUAAUAAGCCUGAUGUAAAUUUUUGUUCAAGAUAGAAAGAGAUAGAAAGCUUAGGUAAAUGGUGUGAUGUAGCGGAAGCUAGAUAAAUAGGAGGAUUUUCAUUAGACUUCGAAUACCUAAAAUCAAUGUCUUCUUUAAUUCUUUGAGAUCUUUAUUGAUUUAUAGAAAACAAGAAACAAAAAGAGAAAUCUUAAAUUUAUUAAUCAAAUAAUAAAUAAAAUACAAAGUUAAACCUAAACGACUUUAUAUAAGAAAACCGCAAAAAUCCUUAAACAAUAAAGAUAAUUAUCUAAAUUUAAAAUAAUCAAUAAAAUAAAAGAUAAUAUAUUUGAAUAUUUUCAAAUAUCUAUAUGCGUCAAUAAAUCUUCCUUUUAACCAUCGUAUUUUUGGGAUUGCAGUUAAGUCAUGAAAAUUACUUAUUCAUAAUCCUAAUGCGAAAAACACUCUAAAACAGAAAGGAAAUUAUGAAAAAUAUUCAUAUAACGUAAAGCACCAAAACUUAUAAAUUUAAACACUUAACAAUACUUACACUAACCUAACUAUGGCCACGUAUUGUUACUCUCCUCUUCGACCCAGAGCAUGUCUUCAGACUCCAACUCUGGUUACGUAUUUGACAACUUCUCUGCAUUUACCAGCAACUUGCACAUGUAUUCUGACCAUUUCACCCAAACUUCUUACUUUUCACUCUCUUGCACCUAAAAAGCCACCACAAAAGCCAAGAUUCAACAUAGCCAUAAUCCUUUAGGACAGCUAAACUUUUAACUAUUCUUUUUUUUUCUCUUUGUUUUCCGUUUCCGAUGUCGUUCUUGUGGUCUUCAUUUGACAAUUAUUGAUCUGAACUUUGAAGAGCCAUCAUAAAACUUAUUUCGCCAUGUUUCAUGUGUAUUCUUGUUCUAGAAGAUACCUAAAAUAGAAAAAGAGGACAUUCAGUCUAAAGUUAAAAAAUAAUCAAUAAAAUGAUGACAAAGAGAAUGUGUCCUGAAGAUCGGAAAAUAAAAUAUCUAAACACUAAUAAUUGUGUUUUAUGAUAAUCCUAAACACUAAUAACUAGAUGAUAGCCCGAACGCAUACGCGGGGUGAGUUUAUAAUAAUGUUUGUUCAUUAAAUAGUUUUAACAUUUUGUUAUAUUACAAUCAUUAUCGAUUAUAAAACAACGAAUACAAAUGUUGGUCUAUUAAAUAUAUCAUCGUUGUUGAAGAGUUAACGUAUUACAUUUCAUUUUAAUUGUUUUCAAGACUUAAUAUGCACAAAAGGAAAUUAAGUUUUACGGCUGACACAAAUCACCAAAACCAAAUAGGCAACCCCGAUUGUUUAAUUACGAAAGGAGAUUAGGUUUUCUGCCCUUGAUUUAUUUACUAUUGACUCUCCAUAAGUGAUUUCAUUUUAUACCUCUAAAAAAUUUGUGAUUUCGUUCUUGUCUUUGUUUCAUUGAUAUGAGUUUAGUUUCUUUUUUAACUUUCUCUAUGAAUUCGGUGAAUUACAUAAGUGUCAAUUUAAAAAGAUGGACAUAUGUAAAUAUUAGUUUCACUCCAGAUACAUAUCUAAGAAUCAAAAUUUUGAAGAAAAUCAUCAGCAAACUAUAUUAACAUGUUAGUGUUCAAAUCUAAUAUAUCAAGCUGUUAUAGAAUAUAAGCGAUGACUAAUAUAAAUGUAUGUCUAGUAUAUAUUCACCAUUUUGGUUUAAAAUCAUCUAAUUCUAGAACAACAAAACAAAUUACUUGUUGUAUUAGCCUACACUUUUGAGGUUUAGUUACUUAAGAUAAUAAAGAUACAAAUAUAUAUAAUACUUGACCAUUCUAGUAUAUGUAAACUACGUAUAUGUAAACUAUGUAUAAACUAAGAACUGUUUGAUUUAUUAAAUGAUAAACUAAAAAACUUAUAAUAAAUAGUUAAAAUCUCUCAUUCUUACAAUGUUAACAGCUAGAUAGGAUAUUACGGAGAAAUAAUAUUAAACAAAUGAUCAGAUCUCUCAUUCUUAGAACAAACUCAAAAGGAAGUGAUUGAAAUCUUGUCAUGAUAUUUCCUUAAAAAAAAUUUAUGAAUAAAAAUAAAAAAUAAAUUAUUUAAUCUGAAUAAAAUAUUAUAUAUAGUGCUUUCAAUAUUAAA